AUGAGGCCACGUCUACCCAAGUUUGAUAUCCCACCGCCUCGUCGACGGCCAGGCAAAGAAGAAUUGAAUACGGAGGAGGUUGCACCCUUCAAAUUCCUGGUUCCACCCGUUGACCAGACAAUCCGCACUUUCUACCCGAGGAGGUGUAAAAGAAAGAGGGUAACAUCAGACAUAGAAUCUCUACCUGAUGAGCUGUUGUUUGAAGUCCUUGUGCGCAUCCCUGGCCAAGAUAUUUACGAGGCAAGGCUUGUUUGCCGCAAAUGGUACCAUAUAAUUCACACCCAUAAUUUCAUGUCCGCCUACUUACACCACUCCCCUUAUGGUCUCCUAUUCAAAUCCAAGUGUUCGGAAUCACUUUUGGUCCUCCCUCAAAGAGGAAGGGGAGGAAGGAUAGGGAUCGAGAUGACCCAGCUGAGGUACAAACGUAGGUGUUUGGUCUUUAGUAGUUGUAAUGGAUUGUGGUUAGAGAAAAAUCUGCAAAGCGAAAAUGACCUUUACGUCACAAAUCCCACAACGGGGCAAAAUUUUCUUCUCCCUCCAUGUGUUAUUCAUGUUGCUGAUGCAAAUCAUGCAAUGGCGUACACACCGGCUUCCAUGGAGUAUAAAGUGGUUAUAUUCUGUCCUCCUAAUAAAACCUUUCGCCCGGUUUGUCAUAUAUUAACCGCUGGAGUUGAUAAAACAUGGAGGGACGUUGAUUUGGGACCCAUAUCAUCGGAGGAGGCAAGUAGGUCAUUUCGCAACCCUCCGUUGGUUACUGAAGGUUUCGUUCAUUGGAAACAUCCCCGUACCCACCAUCUCUUGACUCUUAAUGUGGAGACCGAAACUAUUACAGAGACUCCCGCCCCUUUCCCACAGCUACAAGACUUUCCUGUUCAUGCUAGUCGAACCGACAUUUACUUAUCAACCGGAAAAUAUCUGUCGUUAUUGCGUCCUUACGGGGAGUGCUCGUGGCAGGUCUGGGAGAUGAGUCGACCCGAAACAGGGGAAUGGAAAAAGAAGGCCCAUUUUUCAUUGGAGGGUAACGAGGAAAGAUUCAAGCAAUUAGGUUUUGCACCCAAAGAAUUUUUGUUCCCGCAAGGCUGGGUCAAGUACCCAGAGUUGUUGGCCAUGAGAACUUCCUCGAAAAUGACUGCAUUAUUGCUAUACAAUCUUGUCACGCAAGAAAUCAAUGAAAUCGGGUUACCUUCCUACUAUUUUCAAUACAAUUUUGUGGUAUAUAAGAGUAGUUUGGAGUGGUUGGAUGCAGUCAAGCCUCCUCUCCCUCCAUCUUCUCCAUUGCCUUCCUCCACUGGUAUCUAA